AUGCAAGACCCGUCUAUAUAUACAUAUAUAAACGCAGGGCGACAGCCACAGCAACAGUCACAGUCACAGCCACAGUUUCCUGAGCAAGAACAAUUGAAGUGUCCAAGGUGCGAUUCUACAAACACCAAAUUCUGCUACUACAAUAACUACAACCUCUCUCAGCCGCGCCACUUUUGCAAAAGCUGUAGAAGGUACUGGACUAAAGGAGGUGUGCUUAGAAACAUCCCUGUCGGUGGCGGCUCCCGGAAGAACACCAAGCGGAGCUCCUCUUCCUCCUCCUCCGCUGCCGCCUCCUCUCCCACUGCCCACCACCCCAAACGACCCGCCUCUGCAUCAUCUGUCUUACCAGCACCACCGGUUAGCGUCAGUGAAACAGAUACUGAAACAUUUCCUCUGAAGGCAGAUAAUUACCAGGGGCAAUUUGGAAAUAUCAGCUCAUUUUUGGGGUCUAGUAGUGGACGAUUUGGUAAUUUUCUUGAUGGGCUCCACUCAAAUGAAACAAAUUUGCAGAUGGAUGUGUCGGUUUGUGAACCGGGUACCUUCACAGGUCUGGAUCCGGUCCAACAUGGUGAUCCACAAUUGAGGUUGGACUUGGAGGGUGGAAAUAACAAUAUUGCAGAUGGAUUCUUGGACGUGCAGGUUGGCGAUGAUGAAACUGCCAGUUGGAAUAGUGGCAAUGGCUGGGCAGAUCUUGCUAUGUACACCCCAGGCUCUACUUUUCGGUUGUCUAGUGCGGGACAUGGUACCUUACCAAACAAACAAGCAAGCAAGAAUAUAUAUCGUUGA